AUGUCCCUUUACAAUAACAAAAUAAGGUAUGACGUGGAUGAAUCAGGCAAGAGAAAGCCAAAAUAUAUUCAACAGCUGGAGAUUUUGGAUGAACUACCAGACUAUACCAGAAAUCCACAAGUUCGUUUCAAUGAUCUGAAAAUUAUGAUCAAGAGAAUGAAAAACAUGUCCUCAAGGUCUGCUACACCCUCUUUACCACCACAUCUAAGUAUCCCACAGUAUACAUCUAGCUCAAUACAGUCACAUACAGUACCCAACAUAGGAUCAGAGCUACAGCCGUCUGUUUCGGUUCCUGGUAUCCAAAAUUCAUUUUUAAUCAAACCUAAUUUGGUCAAUGGAGAAAUACGACAAGAUCAAAGAGAACCUGCCAGAAAAAGUUCAAGACUAUUUGUUAACUCUGAUGAUUCAGAUUACUCUUCAGAUGAGUAUAAAGAAAAUGCUCCAAUCAAAAAGGAAACAAACAUUUCAAAUAAUGGAGUUCCAGCAAUAAUAUCACUGGAUUCUGAAGAUGAACAAGAGAUAGAACCAAUCAAUAGAAAGAGGUUUUCUCAAGUUGAUAUAACUUCACCACUCAAGACAUCAGGAUCACAAAAGAGUGAUAUAAGCUCUAGUCAAAGAUCUGGGUCUUUGAAAAGCUCAUUCGAUUGGUCACCAAUAGAGACUAAUAUUUCUACUUCACCAAAAUCAAACAAGAGUUUAGGAAGAGAAAGCUCACAAAAUGCAGAAAUUUUGAAGAAGAAAUACAGAAUCAUAACACCAUCUCAGCCAAAAGUUUCAAAAUCUAAGCCAUCACCACAAAAACCAUCCAACUCUAAAGAUGAAUAUUUGAACAAAGAUGAGACCAUAAAGCCUGAAGUUAAUUCAAAAAAUGAGGAAGAUGAUGUUAGGAACUCAGACGAUGAAAAUUCUGAGGAAGAUGAUGAGGAUCGAGAAGAAGAAGAAGAAGAAGAAGAACAAGAUAUAGAGUCCGAUGUGAGCUAUUCUGGAGGUAAUAUUGAAGGUGAAGAACCAGUGAGGUCGCGUAGAUUACGCAAAAAUGGGUAUUUGUCUCAAGAUGACAGUGAUGACAAUGAUCUGGGCUGGAAUAUGCGAGACAAUAACCAAAGAAAAAUUAAAAAGAAAAGCAAGAAGGAGAUGAUAAGAGAAAGAUUAAGGAGGGAAAGAUUAAGUCGAUCGCCAACCAAGGGAUCUGAUAGUUUUAACUCUUCUGACUUUUCUUCUGAUGAUCUUGAAUCCAGUGACUCAGAUUAUUCUGAUAAAAACUCUAAUAGAGGCCGGGCCAAGUUCAAAAGAAAAGAACAAUCGUCCCAAAGAUGGAAAUACAUUUAUACGGAAGUCAGUGAAGAUGACUUUGUCGUUGAUGACGAAGAUGAGGUAAUAUAUAGUUCAGGUAAUGAAGAUACAGAAAAAAUAUUGGAUGCUGAUGAACGGAAUGCUAAAUUAGUUCGCUCAAGAAAAAGAAAAAUGUCAAGGUCUGAAGAUACUUCACAUAAGAAAAGUAGUACUACUAAAAAGAGGAGAAACAGAAGAAUUGAAGAUGAUGAAGGAGACGACAAAGAAGAUGAUACCGAUGAUAUUGAGAAACCCAAUCAAAAUACAAAGAGAAAAUCAACACCCAAGCAGAAAGUGUCUAACAAAGCUGGUAUAAAAGUCAUAAAAAAUGUACCUCAAAGAAUUGUCGUUGGCCAAUCAUCAGAACCUGGACCUAAUUUUAAUGAAAAAGGGACAGCACCUGCUUCAUCAUCAAAUGGUCCUUCUAGAAGUCUUAAAUAUCAAAACAGGCCAGAGACCAAGCAAACUGAAGAAGUGGAUUUAUCUGAUGAAGACGAGGAUGAUGAUCAGAAGCCAUCAGAGGAGUUUAAAAAGCUAAUGGCCCAGAAGCAAAAUCACUUGAACGAAAUACCUACCCCGGAUACUGAACCUAUGUUUUUUUCACCAUCAAAAAGGUCCAAACAUGUCAUAUCCGAUAGUGACAGUGAGUCUAAUCAUAGUCUUAAUGAAGGCACUACACCUAAAGAGAAAACAACGUUUGAUACAAACUCUGAAUCUACCAAUGAAAACCAACAAUUUACAAAAGAUUCUAGUGAAGUCCAACCAGAGAAUGAAAUGAAUGAUGGCACCGAUAUAUCUGCUCAAAAUCCGAAAAAUGGUGGUCCUUCUGAGGUUCAAAAGCCAGAGGAAAAUUAUACCUCAGCCAACGAGCAAUUUGAUGAUUUGUACUCUUCUGAUAUCAAUGAUCUGUUUGAUGAACCUAAAACCAAAAAGAAACCAAGUUCUGCUGCUAAGAAUGUUUCCAAUGGAUCUAAUUCAAAGGGCAAAGGCAGUGGUCAAUCAUCAAAUUCCAAUGAUCCCAAUAAACUGUCUCAUCAUACCAUACCAAAUGUUUUCAUAAAACCACAAAGACCAAAGCUCAAACAUAGACCAAGCUCAUCAUCUUCAUCAAGUAAUAAUAAUGAUAAUGUUGCUCAAAAGAAGAAUUCUCCAUCUGACGCCAAAGCAAUUGAUUCACUUCCACCAGGAGCCUCAAGCACAAAUAUUCAUUCUUCUAUAACUGGCCAUAAAGAUCAUAUCACUACAGGAAUGGGAGUUGCAACAAACAAUCAAACGUCAGGUAAACCUAGAAACUUACCAACAACUGGUCUAUCUAAAGGAGUCUUUAACAACUCAUCACUGCCAAUCAGAAACUCUAAUGGCUCAAAUCCAACUUCAUCUUCAACUUCAAAUCCUUUAUUUACCAGAAAAAAUACAUCUUCGGCUCCUAGAACUUUAUCAUCAAACCAUUCUGGGACGUUACCGAAGACAUCAACUUUUUCAAACAGGACAUUUUUGUUUUCAAAACCUCAAACUAUUCCACAACUUGGGUCAGCUGUACCAAAUGAUAUACCCAAAGAGAGAUAUACAACCAGUGCCGAUAAAACCAAUUCCAAAAGGAAAAUUGUGUCUUUCCUAGAUCAAGAUCCAAAGUUAGAAAUGUCCAAAGCAGUAACUAUUCAUAAACCUUUACCAAGCUCCUCAGAGAAAGGGGCUUUAUCCUCCAUUCUUAAAAAUGCCAAAAAGCCAUUUUCAAUUACUCAUAGAUCAUCAACAACAUCACCGCCACCAACUACAAAAAGUAUAUCAGAUACAAAUAAGCCAAAUCAAUCGUUGUCACCUAAAAAUAAUGCUACAUCAAGUCAAGGAACAACAGACCCAGCUAAACAAACCACACCUGAAGCUGCACCUAAACUUCAUGAAAAUCGUUUCUCUCAUGUUAAAGCAAUUGACCUGCCAAUAGCAAAGGACAAAUCAGUUUCUUUGUCAAGUUCAGAUAUUUCGAAAAAGGAGAAUCCAUCUAAUUCUUCAAUACUUUCCACCACCCCUCAAACGUCCUCGCCAUCUUCCAAAAACCCAAAAGAGAAAUCCACUUCUUCAUCAAAUCCUAAAGCCAAACCAGAUUCAAAAGUUUCGUCCUUUGAUAAAACGGACUCUAAAGCUACUCAAGCUUCUUCCAUGAUUUAUAAAAAUAAGGAUUCAGUACUGUCUCAGAGCAAAACCAAACCAAACACAUCAAGCACUUCUAAUGAUCAAUCGAUGAUUAAAUCUGCUCAAGGACAUUUGAAAAGACCACUAGUUCAACAACGUCCUAAAUCAGAUCCAAAACAAGCCAUUCAAAAAGAUAUCAAAAAAUCUUCCAUUGAAAAAUCUCCUGCUCCAGCCACUUCAAAGUCAAACACUACAUCUUCAGCUCCUAUAAUAUCUACUAAAGAAGCUGCUAAGAAACAUCCAGCUACAAAGAAAACACAAGAUUCUACCCAAUCAUGUUCAACUCCAAAGAUUUCAAAACCUAAAGACAAUAAAAGCCUGAAGAAAAAUAAUGUUCCAAUAUCAAAACCUAAACCAAGCAAUGGAAGUACGCCAAAAAAUUCAACGAUUUCCAAUAAGAAUCAAAAGACAUCGAUGAAUCAAGAAUCCAAUAUUAAAGUUAAAAAUGAACAACAAAGGCAAGAUAAAUCUUCACCAGUUUAUGCGGAAGUAGAGAGUAAUUCAGAUGAUGAUUCUGAUAGUGAUUCUGAUGGUAUUGAAUUAAUUGAUGAAGAUGCCUUUUUUAAGAGUCUGAAGAGUUGA